AUGGAGGCCGCCAAGAAGCCUCUUCUGCCAUUGCGUCCGGUGGAUCGUGAGGAGGCACUGGACGCACUGGCAGCUGGAGGGGGCCCCGAGGAUGCUGGUGGCCCGGCCCUUCGCAGAGACAAGCAGGACUCCGACGCCGCCUCGGCCAUUGAGACGCUCUUGAGGAGCCUGGCUGAAGAGCCUUUCGAGGCAGUCUUCGAGGAUCCCUCGUCGACGGCCCCGAGUCUCACAGAUUCUUGUCAGCUGCGGAACCUGGACACUGGUGAGGUUCGACCCUUUGCUCUGGACAACUUGACCCAAAGCUUUGUCGGCUUUCCCUCCGAACCAAGUCGGCUACGCAAAUCCAAGCACUGGCGGCAGUGGUGGUCCGAGAAGAGGCGCAAGGACGAGCGGUUGCUACAAGCUGCUGCUGAAGGCAACAUCUCGAUCAUCCACGAGCUGACGCACCCCAGCGAUGGGGGCCCGCCAGCUGCUGUUCAUUCUCAUUGCAAGUCAGGUGCCUCUUCGGGCAGGGGGCCUCUGCACUUGGCUGUGGCUUCAGGAGUGGUCGAAGCAGUUGAGGCUCUGCUUUCGCAGGGUGCGGACGUGAAUUUCUGCAGCAGGAAGACCCACUUGACUCCCUUGCAUGUGGCCUCAGCCUAUGGAAGUUCCGAGAUGGUCGAACUGCUUCUGGAGGCGAGAGCAGAUGCGAUGUCUAAGACAGAGGACAGGCAGUUGGCCUUGCACUAUGCUGCCGCAAACGCUCACACCGAGGUUGUGACGAUCUUGCUUCAGCAUGAGCGUGACUCGCGUGACCAGGAGGGUCACGAGGGUCACGGCCAAGUUGGUGUUCGCAACGCAUCGGGUCAAAGACCGGUCGAGGCGGCAUCAGACCUCCAGACGCUGUGCCUCUUCCGGGACUUUGAAGCGGAAGGGCGGUGGUUGGGAGGGCUGGGACCGCUGGGAGGGUGCAAGACAUCGAGCCGCCGGAACAGCGCCUCCAGCGAGGCAAGCACGGCUACUGGCAGCAGCUGGAGCUGCGGCGAAGCCACGGACCUGCCUGGGCCGCCUGUGCCCUUGCUCCCGCGGGGCUCCGGCUCGGAAGGCCCGGCAAAAGUCUGCGCAGAUGGCUACGACCGCACGCCUUUGGCGAAUGGCUUCCUUCUUCGCAACGCUCGCACCGACGCAGUGCGCCGUCUGUUGCAGCUGACACGACAACUGGACGAGGCCCAGUCCGAGGAUCGUGAGAAGGACGGCAGGACGUUUAGUGCGAAGUCUUUCAAGGCAGCUUCACCGAAAGACUCACCCGGACGAUCUCCGUCAGCCAGCAGCGGAACAAGCACCCCCAAGAUCCGGACGCCCUUUGCUCGGAUGCGGCAAGGAAGCUCGAGAGUGGAGAAGGUGGGUCCCAACUCCUUCGAGCUAGUCAACCUCCUCGGUCGUGGAUCAUUCGGAGAAGUUUUCCAGGUCAAGCAUAAGCGCACCGGAAAGGCCUAUGCCAUGAAGGUGCUGCAGAAGAGCCGCAUCAUGAGCAGCAACCUUCUUCGAUAUGCUGUGACAGAGAGGAACAUUCUCGCCUAUAUUCGCCAUCCGUACAUCGUUUCACUUCAUUAUGCUUUCCAAACUCCUAGCCACCUUGUGCUAGUGCUCCAGUACUGUCCCCGAGGGAACCUGCAGCACCUGAUCACUCGGGAGAAGCGGUUAUGCGAAGGUUUGUCAAGGGUCUACACAGCUGAAAUCCUUCUCGCCUUGAUCCACUUGCAUGAGAGGCAUACCGUUUUCCGCGACCUCAAGCCGGACAACGUUGUCAUCGAUGAGGCGCACCAUGCGCUACUCACGGACUUCGGGCUCUCGAAGGAGGGUGUCGGCCAGCGGGGCACAAAGUCGUUUUGUGGCUCGGUCGCCUUUCUGGCUCCAGAGAUUCUCCUGCGGAAAGGCCACAACCAUACAGUCGACAUCUACAAUCUGGGCGUGUUGUUGUACGAUAUGUUGACCGGCCUGCCGCCGUUUUAUCACCACGACAGGGAGACCCUCUUUACAAACAUCAAGCAUGCUCAUCUAGAGGUGCCGCUGUAUGUGUCGCGCAUAGGACGCUCCUUCAUUGAGGCAACCAUGGAACGAGAACCGGCCAAGCGAAUCGGUGCGCACCACACCAGUGACGUGAAGGGUCAUGUGUUCUUUGCUGAUGUCGACUUCGCCCAGCUUUUGCGCCGGGAGGUGUUGCCCCCAGAGGCGCAUCCAUUGGAUGAGCCAGCCGCCUGGAACAGGAAUGGCCCGUUGGGUUUGGCCGGACGAGCUCCAGAAAGUCCCUUCGCAAGGGCAGAACGAGGUUGGCGUGGAAGGUAUGCACGCGGGCAGAACGGUAGUACCGAGCGUGGGGUGAGCGGCUGGGACUACUCUUUUGUGCCGCCGACGCGCUCCUCGGGUUCCGGGCAGCUGUCUCUCAGCGCGAGGUGUUAUGCCGCGACGACCAUCCUCACAGUCCUCGCAGUCGCAAGAUACGUAAGGUUCUGGACGUUUCGAGUCUUGGACUCCUUUGCCGUGGCACCCGUCCAGGCAAUCUCAAACGUCUGGCCAGUGGAGAAAAGCACAGUGGUGUUGACCGCAGCUGCGUGGGCUCGUGACAACAAGCUAGGUAUGGAGUUUGACAGAGGGCUUUUCGGUUUUGCUGCGCCAAUGCGUAUCGCCUUUGGGCGCACAGCCCUCAGCAUGUUCCGGAUGAUUUGUUCGAUUAGGUCGGCGUCCAUCAGUGUGAAAUACGGUCAGAUGGUGAUGAUCUGCAAGUUGUGCAGACAGCCCAAUUUCCACCGAGUGGCCGCUAGGCUGUUGGCCGACCUACUCUCGAGAAGCGGAUUCGAUGCCAUCGUGGAAAUGGCAGAGGAAGCGGACGCCAUAUCCGAAUGGCUGCCGCAGCGGUUCAGAACCGAAAUGAGGAUUUCGGUCUCUGAUCUGCCAGCCGUGGAGCUACUCAAACUGGUGAGGUCUGCGACCGGCGUUCCCAACCUGGACGUUGACGUCGACAUCAUGGAUGUCAUCGAGAACGGGUGCGAAGAUGUGCGGCAUGCGCAGAGGCUCUUUGCAGAGGUUGGUCUUGGUGGCAGAAAGGUGUGGAUCCUGAUGGAAAGUAUGGCAGAUGCCGAGGAGGAUCUGUACGGCCGUCACCAUGAGCUGUUGCUAAAAGUUUCAGCUGGUGCACUGGAUCGCAGAGUUGAACGGUUGCAGCAGCUGAUGAAUGGCUGGACCCAGAGCCAGAUUCAGGAAGGCCUUAGCCUCCACCUCACCACUGCAGCAGAAGCCCUGGCGUGGUGCCAAAACCGGCUUGACAAUAUCCACGAGGAAUAUCCUCCGCGGUCGGGCACACCUGGAAUUAGCCACGGAGACUGGGAACUCCAGUUGCGGGACACGGCUUUCAGCCCGAAGAGUAAAAGCUGGCGCCGAAAGAAAAAGCCAGGUCUGCAAUUCUUCCCUCUGCGACCUUCCGCUCAUCGUUUUUUUACCCCCUCCAAAGACGAGGGCAAGCACUUCUGGCAACGCCCGGAGAUGCCACCAACUCCAAGGCUGGACUUGGUUGUUCGAAGACAAGACGUUCGGGCUUGCGAUGUUGGUUCGCGCGUGCUUGAAGCGAAGAGCCAGGAACGCGAGACAGUGUCCCGGUGCCGCUGGGCCGAGUACCAGGCGGAGAGACGACGUGUGACGCCGGUGUCAAAACAGCCACACUUCACAAGGCAGGAUUGA